AUGGAGCAGAUCAUGCAGAUGCAGGAUGAUAUCCACAAGCUCAAGAAACUCAUGGACUCGGUGUUUGAAAAAAUUGAGAACCAGUCAGACCAGCGUCCGUACGACACGACGGACGCCUAUUCGGACAAGGACCGGAUUGUCGAGAUGCUCAACCGUCUGAGCUCUAGGAUGGCAGAUGUUGACAUGUCGAACCUUACUGCAACACCCACAAAGGACGCCACAGCUGAGGACAUAACGGAGCUCAAGCAGAAGAUCAACCGCAUCGAAGCGGAACGCCAGAAUAUCAAUCGCCGUGCAGGUGCAUCGCUCAAGGGGGUCUUGUAA